AUGGCCGCCGCACGCCGCUGCCUCUCCCUGCUGCUCCUGUCCACAUGUGUGGCUCUGUUGCUGCAGCCACCCCUGGGUGCCCGGGGGGCCCCGCUGGAGCCGGUCUACCCAGGGGACGAUGCCACGCCAGAGCAGAUGGCCCAGUAUGCAGCUGAGCUCCGCAGAUACAUCAACAUGCUGACCAGACCCAGGUAUGGGAAAAGAGACAAAGAAGGCACGCUGGGCCUCCUGGACUGCGGCUCCCCCUAUGCGGUGGCCCCCAGGGAGCUCAGCCCAGUGGACUCGUGAGGCCACCUCCUGCUCCUCUGACUCCAAGGGCAGUGCUGGCCCCUCUCUCCCGUUCACACCCUUGGCUCUGGCCACAGCUUGCUCCCUGCUCCCACACAGGCUAAAUAAA